AGUCUGCGCGCCUGCGCGCCCUGCGGUGCGGAACUGACUUUACUCGUGGAGUUGGCAGACGGAGGAGGCAAUGCAGACUGACGCCAAAAUCCGCACGGAGUCUGGAACGGAUUCCAGCUCUCGGGGCCCCGGCUGCAGCCUCCGGCACUUUGCUUGCGAACAGAACCUGCUGUCCCGGCCGGAUGGCUCUGCCUCGUUCCUGCAAGGGGAUACCUCCGUCCUGGCGGGGGUGUAUGGGCCAGCCGAGGUGAAGGUCAGCAAAGAGAUCUUCAACAAGGCCACACUGGAAGUGAUCCUGAGGCCGAAAAUCGGGCUGCCUGGUGUAGCAGAGAAGAGCCGGGAGCGGCUGAUCAGGAACACAUGUGAAGCGGUGGUGCUGGGGGCGCUGCACCCCCGCACCUCCAUCACCAUUGUGCUGCAGGUCAUCAGCGAUGCUGGCUCUCUCCUGGCCUGUUGCCUGAACGCUGCCUGCAUGGCGUUAGUCGACGCAGGUGUGCCCAUGCAGGCCCUCUUCUGUGGGGUCACCUGUGCCCUGGACGCUGACGGGACCCUCAUGCUGGACCCCACAGCCAAGCAGGAAAAGGAGGCCCGGGCAGUCCUGACCUUUGCACUCGACAGCGUGGAGCAGAAGCUACUCAUGUCCACCACCAAGGGACUCUUCUCUGAUGCUGAGCUCCAACAGUGCCUGGCUGCAGCCCAGGCUGCCUCGCAACAUGUCUUCCGCUUCUACCGGGAAUCGCUGCAGAGGCGGUACUCCAAGAGCUGAGGCAAGUUGGGGCAGGGCGCCCCUCCCACUGCCACCACCCACCACUACCUCCAGUGCAAAAGAAACCUGCUGCCACCCAGCCUUGCCUCUCUGUCCUCGUGUGCCCAGGAGAGCUUGUGGGCCUGUAGCUGCAGGGCCACCUGAGGAGUGCCCCUGGCUGCAGCCCCUGGGGUUCGGGGUGAGGGGACAUGGGUGCCCCACACCCACCAGGGAAACAUUACUAGGAUUGCACAUUUAUUGAAUGAAUUCAUUUCGUCUAAUAAAUGUCUGUUGAGCACCUA